AUGACAAGGAAAAUAAAAUUAACCACUGAAAUUAUAAAAAAGGUAAAAGAAGAAGGCAAAAACACUAUUCAAGUAGUUGACCGCACCCCUCCAUUAAGCAAGUCGUUAAGACCAGGAAUUUUACAGAAAAUAUUAAAAGAUGGUAAAUUAUUCUGUUAUGUUAAUCCUGACACCGAUACUGAUAAAAAUGACUGCCAAUUUAUUUCACAGAAUAUUCUCCAAGAUUUCCAAAAUAUUUUUGAUGGGGAAAAGAAAAUAACGAAGGUUAAAAAAGGUAAGAAUACUUUUGGUUAUGUUACUUAUUCUAAAAAUGGUGAAAAGAAAGUUAAAGACCUAACCACUGCUGAUAUAAUUAGACCAGCCAGCCCCGAAGCAUUCAAAUUUCUCCAAGCCACUAUUGCCGGUGAAGUAAAGGUGAUUUAUGGACCAAGAGAGUAUGAUUUAGCCGAAUUUGAAGGCGUGGAAAAUUUGGCAGACAUGGAUAUUCAAGUAGAAGUGGCCGAAGUUAAUUCCCAACCGCAAGAAAGAGAAAAUGAUUCGUCAGAGACAAACGAAAAUAAUAAUGACAAAGAGCAAACUAACGAGCAACAUUCGAGUAGUGGUUCUAAUUCGCUGCAAGAAAUUGAAAUCAUUUUGGAUGUUUUUACGGGAGAAAAAGACAUGGCAGGACAGCCAGUUGCCCACGAAGAAAAAAUGAUGGCUCACAAUGCGUGCUACACUAUUGAACCAGUUGAAAUUAAAAGCCUAGAUGGCGAACGAACCUUGAUAAUUGACACUCUGGUUCUCCGUUUUCGCACUUGUAAAGAAGUAGAAAAAAUACAACCCGACCGUCUGCUCGCGGUUGAUAGCGAAAUCCAAAUCGAAUUAGCCCCCGUGGCCGCUAAAUCAGAGCAAGCCCACAAUUGA